AUGGAGUCCAUGAAACGAUCGCCGACAUUCCUUGUGGGCACGGUGCAACAGAAAGACAUCCUCGGAGAGUUUCAAAAAAGGGAGCAGCAUUACACGGAGGAGUACUCUAAGAACAAGCCCUUGUGCUUCAGCGCGAGGGCAUUCCAGCAGCCGCAUCCAGCAAAAGUUCGAAUGGGCUACAAGGAUGCCGAUGCCACGCUGACUUCUCCUAUGCUGUUGGGUGUUUGUGACGGAGUAUCGCAACUAGAGGAGUUUCAAAUGGACCCGUCGCUGCUGCCAAACGAGUUGUUGCGAACGUGUGAGGAACUCGCGAUGCUGCAGCUUAUGCCCGACACAAACAUUGCACCACAAGACCAGUACAGAGGUCCCAUUUCCCUUCUCAAAGAAGCGUAUCAGGAGACAACUAGCUAUGGGUCUACCACGGUCCUGUUAGCUGCGCUCGACAACAGCACCAGGAUCCACGGGAAGUUGCACCCCAUGAUCGCGGUCCUGUCGAUUGGCGACUGUGAGUUGCUGAUGCUGAGAAGGACGAACGGGCGACAGUCUGAAUUAGAGGCAGUUUUCCACACCGAGAUGCAGCGAAUCGACUACAACGUGCAGACGCCGUUGCAGCUCGCGCGCGUCGACGAACGCAUCGACGAGGAGUUCGAUGAGUCCAUCGCACUGGAGCUUGUCGGCUCAAGUUGCCCGGGGCAACCACCUCCAACAGCAAGGGCGGUCUCAACUGAAGGACGGACAUACAACAUGCUGAAGGGCUUCGCUUUCAAGAUUCUGGCGCCGAAGGACAUCACCGGGGUGUUGAACAUGAUUGGCGUGCAUCCAGCCGUGGCUGCAGACAACAUAGACAGGCCUUCUGCAGACAAUGCCAUGGCUUUCUUCAACGCUCUUGCAGAGUUUGCCUAUGACAUGGACUCCCAACAAGUGAAGGCACAGAUGCCUGCCGUGACACCUCACCCAGAGAUCUAUGACGAGGCCAUGGAUUUCCUGACCAUCUUCAAACUCUCAAGGCAGCUCGCAAUGAUAAAUCUGGUGGACGACUUUAACUUCAAGGACUUCUGGGAUCCAGUGCCGAAGCGAUUUCGAGCGCUGCUCAGUGGCAUGAUCAACUUCUGCCGGUAUAAAGAGGCGAAGGUGGUAGUCAUCACUGGCAUGAAGGAGGACGUGCAAGCUUUGGACUCUACGAGAUUGGAAAUGGUGGACAAGCUGAACCAGGUUGAUGCAGAGCUUUCUGCUGCACAAGAGCGUCACAACGCUGAGCUGCAAGACAUGUGGACUGCCGAGAACGAGGCUGCAGAGGCGAAGGCCAUCAACGACAAGCUCACACGACAACGCAACUCUGCAGACCGUGUUGUGGAAGAUGCAGAAAGAAAGCGAACAUCUGUAAAGGAGCGAGUCCGGCAAGGAGAACAGCGCAUUGAGCAGUUGCGGGAGCAGGUCACUGCACUGCAGAGCCAGAUUGCUGAGAGCCCCGAGGGCUUGGAGAAGGAGAUCGAAGAGCUGAAGAGUGGUGUGUGCCAGCUGAAGGCAGUGCUAGAGGAAAAAGCCAACCAGCGCAGGGCGCAUUCUCAGCGAGAUCAGGUUGUCUGCAGGCUGCUCAGACAUCUUGAGAGCUACAAGGAUGAGCUGACCCGUGUCGGAAGUGUUGCAGCGAACGCCGAGAAUGCCAAGCAGCGUGCAGCUGCCGCGAGAGAAGACUUAGCAAACCUGCGGCAGUCUCUCGAGGCUACCAAGCAAGACGGCACUGAGCUCGAGCAGUCCUUGAAAAGUGUUGUGGCGGACAACGAGAGAGCCAAGCAGGUGCAUGCUGAACGCAUGGAGCAGUUGGAGGUCCGGCGACAAGCAGCUCUGCAGCAGCACCAAGAACUGCAAGCAAAGCGGUCAGAGGAGCAGCGACAGCUUCACCAGCUACAGUCGCAACGUCUUGAACUGGAAGCCGAGGUCGCUGCCAUUCGACGCGCGCACGCAGCUGAGAUGGGAGAGCUCCGUGUGAUGUGGAAGGCUGUCAUCGAUAAAGCAGAGUCCUACAACCUCUCUUUGGAUGCUCUUUUUCAUGAGCACUGCAUAGUUUUUUGUGUGGUGAAGAUCUUUGUUAAUGCAAGCAGCCAGCUGCUAUCCGGCGUCAUCGAGAAGGGCUCAGCCGUGCAUUGCGUUUCCGCGUAUGAAGGUGAUGUGCUCAUUCUGGGCAGCGAUGGCGUCUUUGACAACCUCUUCUUGGAUGAGAUCGUGGAGAUCUGCAACGAAAUCCUGCCGGCACCGACGGCCAACCACUUCUCACCGAUGCCAGCACAAUACCUGAGCCAGGCGGCUCAACGCAUCGUGAAGGAGUCCCACGCUAAGUCCGACUGCGUCAAUGGGCAGUUCCUCGACACUCCCAUUGGAAAAGGUGGAAAAGUGGACGACACCUCCGUGGUUGUAGGCGAGAUCAUCGAGUGGACGGAAGCUCACACACAGAUCUGGUCGGAGGUGAGAAGAAAUCGGCGUUGGAAGGACGUCAUCUCCUGUGGUGGCCUGCAGUGCGGCAUGGGCCCAAGACAUCCUUGCUCCUGCGAGGGUGAGGAUGAUGAGCGGAGCCGGUUUCGUGGGCGAAGCGAAGAUGCUAGCGAGGAUGGCUCCUCCGACGAAGAGGAAGGUGUUUGCUCCAUCGCGUAG